GCGUUGUAGGGUUUUAUUAUUACAAGUUCGAACUCGCACAAUGUGUGGGAUAAACAUUCAGUCAUUCACGAUGAUGAUUUCGUUAUUAUUGUUUGUAUUAUUGCUGUCGCUUGUCCUUUUUACAUGAGCCCACGAGAUGAGAGCCAUCGCCAACAUCCUUAAUUUUCGAACUUCACUUCAGCAAGCGAGUUAUGGUAUUUCAUUUGGCUUAGCAUGUUUUUAAUUUGGAAGUACUUGUAGCCUUGCGAAAUAUAAGUUUCCCGCUUGCCGACUUCGUCUUGAUUUUGACCCCCUCGCAGCAUAAAUCAAGACAAAUUUUUCAGAACACGAAGCGCCAUGUCGUGGUCUACUCCCAAUGGUAGCGACCGAUGGGGAAUCGAUGAUUCUUAUUCAUCUCCUCAUCAUCAAGCUUCAGGUGCGGAACUUCCAGACCCAACGUCUGCAAUCAAGGAGAAACUGAACACAAACAAAACCGAACUACUUAACCUUAAGAAAGAGAUCCAGACCAAAGAAGAAGCAAUUCGCAUCGAUGAAAAGGCUUUCGAGCACGCAAAAUCGGAACUGAAUAACGCAGAAGCUCAAUUGGUGGAGGAGACUGCAUCUUUGGUAGCCACAAAAGGUGCGCACGACACACUUGUUGAAGAAAUCCAGUCGCAAAAUAAUUAUCUCGAAGCAAUUCGGGGAGCCAAAAGUCUCCAGCAAGAACAACAAACAUGGGAGCAAUGUCUGAUCAAAGAAAAUAGGAAAUUGAGGGAGGAAGUCAAGUCUUUACGAAAGCUCUUAGAGGACAAUCUUAAUCACUACAAUCUUGAGGUUGUGAUAGUGAGAAAAGAUAUCGGUGUCCUAAAGUUUGAGCACCAAAGGCGUGAGUUAUUUUGGGAGAAUAAAAACCGAAACAAAGAUCUGGAAGCGAAGGAAUAAGUUGCUGCUGCUGUGAAAGAGGCCGUGGAAAAAGCAUUGAGCUGUAAGAGCGCAGAGUUUGAUACUCUUGGUCUAGAGGUGCGAACGACUUUCCUUGAAAGUCAUCGUGUGCGUGACCCAAGGGUUUUUGCUCCCACUCAAGCAUUUGUUCCAUAUGAAUCUAAAUCGACUCAUGAUUUGAUGUCGUUGCCGACAUGAAUUUAUAUCUUGAUUCUCA